CACACGCUAUGCGAAGCCAACUGGCAGUGCUAUAGGGAGACAGGAAUACGACCAGGAAAUUGUUCGUUGCCUGCGGCGACCGGGAACACGGGAAUCGUCCCCAACGAAUUCAAAGUUAUCCGAGAGGACGGUGGGUCAUUGACUCGAACUACCAAUCCAACUCGACGAGGCGGCCAAGCGUUCGUUGGCAAUAUAGUCUUCGGCAUUGACUGUAGAAGACCGGUGCGGCUUCCAGUUCUACUGAUUCCGGCGCAGUCCAGCAAUGAGAAAGCUCGAAAGAGCCACAUCUUAUCGUAGUAUCAAACCUUUUCUGCAGUCCUUUGCCACCGCAGCAUGAAAGCAAUGCAUAUCAUUUCGGCUACUGCUUCUGCGUCGACUACAUAUCCCAAUCCUGCGGAUCAACGACGUUCCUAUCAGCAACAGCAGCAAUCUCCGACCGAAGCGAUCGACGACUUUGCUCAGCAUGUUCUGACUCGACGAGCAGCGGGCGAUGUGUCUGUAGAUAGCAGUUUGGGAUCGUACGUCACCUCGCUGCUCCGUUGCGCGUCGGAAACUGACUUGACGGACAUUACGAGAAUGGACGAGUACGAAGGACUCGUCGAGUUGUUGCAGGAGCACUGCAGUAUGGAUACACCACAGGCGCGGGACGCUUUGGAGGAGAUUGCACGGGCGGUACGAUCAGGAUCUGUUCCCAAGAAACGAGGGUUCCUGUCCCCGGGUGGCUUGUACGCUAGUGGCGGGUUCCAUUCGAUGCACACCAUGGGAUCGGCGUUGCCCGACGUAGCCGGCGCCGACGGUCCGGAAUCGACGACGGAUUUCGACGAAUUCCCUCCUCUAGGGAAAACAGCAACCGUUGCAUCGCCGAUUCAUGCAGAUAAUUUGAUUCCAAUCGAUCUUUUGGGGGAGCUUGACGACCCCGAUGAUGGAAACGUACCGGAUGCUUCCGAAUCCGAUAGAAUCCGCCAGGAAAACUUUCCUCCCCUGGCCCCCACAGAACCACCACCGUCGCACAAGAAGGGGAAGCAAGGUACGAAAAAAGGAAAACACAAAUCCUCGAAUCUAACAGCGGACUUUUUUCGAGCGACCUCACGUUCCAGACAGAGCAGCAUUGAUGAGACUGCGUCACACCACACCACGACCCCUCCCAUGUAUCCGCAGCAGCAUCACUAUUCUCCCACACUCUCGGCAUCGUCACCACCGCUGUCGUCGACAAUAGCAAUUCAUGGAAACGAAUCUGCGCAAUAUUACACACACCAGCAGUGGCUGUCCGCAACGGAGAUUCUCUUAUCCAUGAACCCCGAAGUGGACGAAGAAGCAGCGGGCGCCGCAGCGACCUUGGCCCAUGCCGACGUCAACGUGGCGCAGUACGUAGUUGAACAGGCCCUCACUGCACCGCCGGUGUGUCGACAUUUGCUACAGGACGGCUGUUAUCGAGCCGACUGUACGUUUUCGCACGACAUUGAAGGGCACACGUGUGUAUUUUGGUUACGCGGUCGAUGCGGCAAAGGCGAUUCGUGUCGCUUCAAGCACGGUUUUGACGAGAAAGUACUCGAUCGUUUGGCAGAAUGGUCGCACACUCAGUACGACAGUGCGUACCACCAAAACUUCUCUGUCGCGGAAGAAUACCCGGAGAUGUCCUCCUCCGGAUGGCAAGAACGCGCGACUCCUGAGCAAUCAACAGCUUCUUCGUUUGCCAACAUCGCCUCCCAGGGGUACCGACCUUCGGCAUUCGCACAACAGACAACAGGUGGUGCCCUGACCAGUGGGAUAGCCGAGCUUUCACCCGUACAGUACCAGCAGCUAGCGACGGUUCGAAUUCCGCAAGACUUGUGGAAUCCGCACGAAAACCGUGAUUCUGCCGUCUUUUUCCUUCCCGAUCCGAUGGAGCGAUAUCGGAAAGUGUCCGCCACGACUCGCCGUGAAGAUGUAAUAGAUUUGCAUUUCCAAUCCACGAAAACAUUUCCGAUUGUUUUGGAAACAGUGCUACCGAAUACGCUUCAGCGUUACGGCGAAGUAUGGGUCGUGACGGGCACCGGACACCAUGUAGGGAUGAAAACGCAUCAGAGAGGCGGCGGUGCAUUGGAGAAGGCUGUCACAGACUGGCUCGUGGAAGAGGGCUAUAAGAUAGCACGUGGAAAAGAUCGGAACGGAGAAGGAGGAGCUGUACUUGUAAAACAAUAGAGAACUGUUGACCUCU